ACGACAGUGCAGGUAACGUGAUUAGUUUGCCUUUGCUUUAUCAGACUUUAUUAGAGAAUCAGUUAGUUUUAAAGUGUGCGAGGCAUCAUGCACGAGAGGUCGCUCCCCGCCUCUCCCAACUGGUACUGCUCCCGCUGCAGUGACGUCAACAGCAGCGGUUUACUGGGAGUCGGAGCCAAAAACAUCAUCUAUUUGAUUGACGUGUCUGCAUCCUCGUGCAGGGUCGUAGGUGAGCUUGUCGGCCAUAAAGACUUGGUGUCGGGCUUUUCGUUCUGUCAGCAUGCGGGGCAGAGCCACAUCUGUGUCAGCUCCUCCACUGAUGGGAGUGUUCGCUUCUGGGAUUCAGACAACAAGGUUCUCAUAAGAGAGCAUGCAGCUCAUCAGAGCCCUGUCGCAGCAGUGCACUGGUCUCCAGUGGAUAAAAACCUGGUGGUGUCGGGAGAUGAGAAGGGCAUUGUGGUCUGUCACUGGAACAACACAGGAGACACCGCCAGCUUUUUCCCAGAGCCUAGGACAAUCUUCUGUCUCACCUGCUCUCCCCACACCUGGAGCUCCGUGGCUGUGGGGUACAAAGAUGGGAUGAUCGUGCUGAUUGAUGUGAGUAAGAAAGGCGAGGUGAUGCACCGUCUCCGUGGACACGAUGAUGAGAUACACUCGCUGGCGUGGUCGCCGGUGGCCAGUGAGGAUGCCCUCUACAGCAGACCUGAAGACAGUGAAGCAAUCAGCAGCGUGUGUAUAGGAGACACAAAGGGCUGCUAUCUUGCAUCUGGAAGCAAAGACCAGACAAUAAGGAUAUGGAGUACAGCGAGAGGAAAAGGUGUGAUGACUCUGAAGCUGCCUUAUCUGAAGAAAAGAGGCUUUGCAGUCGACCCCGGGGUCAAAGAGAGACUUUGGCUCCACGUCCACUGGCCGAAGGGACGACCAACACAUCUUGUGUCCAGCUGCUUUAGUGGUGAGUUGGUGAUGUGGGACUUGACCAGGACAGGGAAGCAGAGAUGGACUCUGUUUGGGACAUCCUCAGAGGGUCAAAACCACAGCAGAAUCAUCUUCAACGUGAGUUCAUUUCACCUGCAGGACGACAGAGAGCUGCUCUUCAGCACCUCCAUGGACAGAGAGAUUAAAUGUUGGGACCUGACCUCUCUGGACUGCUGCUGGACUCUGCCCACCCUGGGAGGUUUUGUCUACGCCCUGACCUUCUCCCCUGUGGGUGCAGGGUGUCUGGCACUGGGUGUCGGUGACAGCAUGAUCCGGGUGUGGAACACACUGACCACCCAGAACCAGUACGACACCAGGUCCUUCUGGCAGGGCAUCAAGUCCAAGGUCACAGCGCUGGCGUGGCACCCCAAAAAAGAAGGAUCUUUGUCUUUUGGAACAGACGAUGGUAAAGUUGGUAUCUACGAUGUCUUCUCAAACAAGCCUCCUCAGAUAUCGAGUUCCUAUCACAAAAAAACAGUGUACACGCUGGCCUGGGGACCCCCACUACCCCCAAUGUCAUUUGGUGCAGCAGGAGGAAAGACGCCCUACAGUCUGUACAGCUGCGCCGGCGAAGGAAUCAUCCUGCAGCACGAUCCGUCUAAGCUGAGUGGAGAGGCGACGGACAUUGACAAGCUGAUCAGAGACACCAACAACAUCAAGCACAAGCUGUCUCCACAUACCGACCUCAGCUGGAAGCCAGAUGGGAAAGUGGUUGCCAUUGGUAACGAGGACGGGUGUAUUGAUGUGUAUGAGGCUCCCAAUCUGAAGCUGCUGUGCAGCAUCCAGCAGCACCACAAGAUCAUCAACACGUUACGGUGGCAUCACGACCACAGCUCCCCAUCAGAGCUGCACUGCCUCCUGGCAUCGGGCUCCAGCAAUGCCAUCGUCUACGUGCACGAUCUCCGCUCCAUCAUAGAGAAUUCUCCAGAAAGCCCUGUGGUGUUGACAGAACCGUAUCGCAGGCUGUGUGGUCACACUGGUAAAAUCACCGGCAUGGCCUGGAGUCCACACCAUGAAGCCCGACUGGUCACCGUCUCAUAUGAUGGCACAGCCCAGGUGUGGGAUGUGCUGCAGGAGGCGGCUGUAUCUAACUACAGGGGUCACGUUGGUUAUCUUCUGUGCGUUGACUGGUCGCCUGUCGAUCCGGAUGUGAUCUGGACUGGAGGGAAGGACUUUACCCUGCAGGAGUGGAGAGUCUCUAAACAAGAAUUCACAAAGCCACCUAAAGGGAAAAAGAUGGUCGAACUGAAGGAGAAGAUGAAGGUUAAUCCCAAGCAGAAAAGGAAGAACAAGAAGGCAUCAGGGACCGGAGGAGCUGCGACACCGGAGAUGAACGGAGAGUCCCUUACAGGAGGAGAGAAGGCAGCGACAGGAAAGGAGCUGUCUGGUGAAGAUGAGGAAGAUGAAGUCAGCUCAACAAACAGUUCUGUACCUCCAUCAGCCGCUUUUGAGAUGCAAAGAAAAUCCUCGACUGCCGUAAAGGGCAAAGAAAAAACAGACUUAAACUUGCUAAAGAAGAAGAAGCCUCGUUCCAUGCUACCCAUCAGUACCUCCAUGGACCAUCGGCCCAAAGAGGAUCUGCUGCAAGACUGCAUCACUCUUGCUUCUGUCAAACACAGCAGUGUGCCCCCUGCAGGCUGUGUCCCAGGUCAGGGAGAGCACAUCCAUCUGGGCUUGUUCUCUGACAGACAGGCUCUGUACCGCAUGUUUGAGGCAGAAGAGGAGGGUCAUUUGGAGGCGGGUCACUACGACUCAGUAGUGUACCUGCGGCUGUGGAGUGGAGACCUGGACGGGGCACUGCAGCUUGCAACAGAGAAAGGAGAACUGAAUGACCACCUGCUCUCCAUCGCUCCUAUGGCUGGUUAUGAGGUGUGGAGCAGGACAGUAGAGGCCUUCGUCAAGCAGCUGUGUCUGCAGGAGCAGUAUCUGAAGGCAGCGUCCCACUUGCUGUCAGUCAACAAGGUGUAUGAGGCCGUCGACCUGCUCCGUUCUCACAGGCUCUACAGGGAGGCCAUAGCUCUGGUCAAAGCCAGGCUGCCAGCAGAUGAGCCUGUCCUGAAGGAGCUGUACACCUGCUGGGCCGCUGUGCUGGAAAAGGAUGGACAUUUCUCUGCAGCUGCUAAAUGUUACCUGGCUGCAGGGGCCAGUUUCGAUGCUGCAAAAGUCAUUGCCAGAAAGAAUGACAUCUCUUCGCUAAGUACAGCGGCUAGUCUUGCGCGAGUCUCAGGAGAGGUCGCUCUGGCUCAGUCACUGGCACUGCGGUGCGCUAAAGACCUUGCUGAUGGUCAAGACUGGAUUGGAGCCCAAGAGGUCCUGAGCUCACAGGAGAGCCUGCUGGCCUACCGGCUGCAUCUCUGUGUCGCUGAGCUGCUGGCUGCGACAUUGGCAGACUCUCAAAUUGUAACACAGCCCUGCGUCUCCGGUCACCCGUGGGCCUCUCCGAGUGAGCAUCACAUCAGCAUCUUGGACCAAGUUAGAGAUGUGUGGGAGGAGCAUUUUGGUGUUUCGCAAAAGUCAGUGGGACACUGCAGCGUUGCAGCUCUCCUGCAGGAGCUGAAGUCUGUGGAGAGUCCAUCACCCACCUCCAACAUUCCACUCAGACAGGUUCAGCUGUAUGCAUCCCUCCAUCUGACCCGUGCUCUGUUGAACUGGUUAUUAGACGAUGAUGGACAACUGAUAAAGGAGUUGUGGCAGGCGGUGGCUUGGCUCAGGGAUGCCGGACACUUCUCUGUCUCUGCAAAGCUCUGCAGGCUGCUGUUCCCUGAUGGUGAAGUUAGUGUUUGUUCCAGGAUACAUCCCAAAAUACUUCAUCACACAGAAGAGGAACCCAAAGCUGCUUCCAACAGUCUACAGGCUUUUGUCUGUUACUAUCGUCUCUACCAACAAUGGUGGAGCAACUCUGUCCAGACGAAGAGCAGAUCUUCCCUCUCCACAGCUGAUGGAGAUGAGGUGAAGGAUUUAGUCGUGAAUGGAGUAGCAGCAUGUGAAGGAGGUGUCUGCUCAGCGACCAGGAGGUUUGAUAAACUGGACUUUGAUGCAUCUCUCCUCCUGUCUGAGCCUCACGCUGCCUUUCAGGCCAUUCAGAGGUCAAUGAGAGAGAUUCAGGAGCGGCUGGCAGCCAUGGUGCUGAAACAUGGCAGAGCCCAGGGAGGGCAGAUUGAAUCUGGGGAGAAAGAGGCAGAUCGGCCCACACAGAUGUCCAAUACCAGAAGGUCAUCAGACAGCCAGGGGUCCACUGAUGCAGGCCAGUGGCCUGAGGACCAGGACACUCUACUCUAUUUGUCUACCAAGAUGUCUGAACACCAGAAACAGCUGGCUGAUCUGCCAGAUACAAUCAAGAUAUAUCCUCAUCCAGACGUUCUUGAAUGCUGCCUGGUUCUCCUGCACCUGAGAAAUUCUUCACAGUCUGUCAGUGAAUCCCUCCAACAAAAGGCCAAAGAUCUGCUCCAACAAUAUGGCACAACUCCCUCUCUCCUCAAAGCCUCUCAGCGAUUCCUCACCUAAAUUUUUCAUUAAUAUACUGACAGAAGCACUUCUACUG